AUGAGUGAUGUCGAUGGAGUUGUUUCCUCCACGAGAACUACCAAAACCAUCAAAAUGCUUUCCCUCAGCAAGACUCUCGCUCUUCUCCUCGCAGCCACUCUCGCCGCGGCCGAUUACGGCGCGGUCUGCGAGGCAUCCGACGCCAGCCCCUCAUCCGCCGACGUUUCCGACGCGCUGGACGCUCUGUACGCGAAGGGCGGCGCCUGUAUCGUCAACAACGGCAUGGGCAGCGACUGUGAAUCGUGGAAGGAGUCCGGAAGCGCCUCGCUGAGCAUCUGCGGCAAAUUUAAGGCGACACUGGCGUGCAAAGAUAUGGUCGACUACUUGAGACAGGUCAAGCAGAAGUGCAAGGACGAGGGCUUCACGGAGAGGGUUGGUGGUACCUUUACCGUGAGCGAUGAUAUCAAGGUCACGAUUUCCCACUCUUAG